AACCCUUUUUCUCUUCCAUAAAUAUCAUCUCCCUUCCUGAUGUGAUUAUUAGGCAACCGACUCCUGAUGUGAUUAUUAGGCAGGGGCGAGAGAGUAGUCGGCAGAUCUACCGUAGCAAUGGCAGAGACGGUCGGGUCCAUCGUCGUCGGCGAGGUGGUGAACCGGACCUCCUCCUUCAUUCUCAGCAAGCACAGGGAGCGUCUGAGCACGCGCGAAGGCAUCGAGCGCCUGGAGAUGGCGUACGUAAAGAUGGAGGCCGCGCUGGAGCUGUCCAGCCGCCCCGGCCGUUGGCAGCAGCAGGCCACCGCCACCGCCACCGACGCGUCUCUGCUCCGCUGGCGCCGCAGACUGCGGCGCGCCGCGGACGAGUGCGACGCCGCGCUGCGCCGGUUGAAGCUGCGCGAGCUGCAGGAGGAGGACGCCCGGGCGAGGCUGGCGCGGGCGCCGCUCCCGCGCCGCGUCGCGCGCGCGCUCCUGUGCCUCGCGUCGGCGCUCCUGCUGCUCGCCCGCGGCGGCGGCGACGACGAGCACUCCCGCGCACGCGCCGCCGUCCAGAGGUUCGAGCGGCUGGCCGGCGGUGCCGCCGAGUUCCUCAGGUGCGCACAGCUCGGCGUUGCGCCGCGGAGGUGCGGCGGCGGCGGCCUGUCGUUGGGAGGCUCGCUGGUGAACGCGCGAGCUACGUCUACGAGAGGCUGCAGGGUGGUCCUCAGUCAGCAUCGGCACCGCUUCUUGGGCGUCGGGCCCGCGAGUCCGGCGGAGGUUUGGGUGGACAGCGAGCCCUGCCGUGCUUAAGGCUGCCCGCAGUCACGCGCUCCACGCAAAACUGUAUUGAGAUUGUUAAGAACCCAUUGCUACCGAGUGUAGUCCAAGGGCUGCUUAACUGAAUAAUAGUAGAACACAAGGAGACAAGAGUGUAGAGAGGAACUGAUUCUUUGUUACUAUAUGGUGCUGCUCUCAAAGGUUACAUGAUAUGGGGAUCUCCUCUCUAUUUAUAGACAAAACUAGGGUUUCAGGCAUAUGGGCCACAUGGGCCUUCCUGGCCCAAGAAAGGUUUCUUAACACUCCCCCUUGGCCCAAUGCCGCGAGAUGCAUAUGUUCCAAAACUCCAUAAAAACCCAGUGGGAAAAAAUUGGAGAAAGAGUACAUAGCUCACGCUUGUUGUGUCGCA